CUCCUCCUCCUCCCUCCUUCCUCCUCCUCCUCCUCCUGCUCCUCGGCACGGACGCGCCCUCCCCUUGAGCGAAGCGGAUGAGCGCACGGUGGAUGCUCUCACACUGGAGUACAGAGCUGCACCGAGGACAGGAGGGAAACACUUUGAGCAGCACUGAGGAUCGGGACAGCGUGGGCUGCCUUUUCAGUUGUAAAGAACAACUUGGGAAUUCCGACGCAAGCCUCAGACUUGUGAGGGAAAGGGGACGACUCGUCGGGUCAUGGCAUCUCUGAUGAACUCUGCGUGCCUCCUCUUCUUGCCUGUUGCUCUGCUGCUCAUGCUGAACCCUUGUCCUGUUGCUGCAGCCAGAAGGUGUCACUCCAUCUAUAAGGGUUUUGCUCAGUGUCUGAUGGCUCUGGGCGACAGUCUGACAGACAGCGCGCGCAAGGACGAAGACACACAUGAGAUACACUCCAUCUGCAGGUCAUGGGAUGAGUUCCAUGACUGUGCCAAUGUGGCGAUGGCGGGCUGUCCUGAGGAAGCAGCAGCUGUCUGGGAAUCUCUCCGCCAGGAAUCCAAAAAGAUGCAGUUCUCUGGAAACCUGUACGACAUGUGCUCCAACCGCAACAACCACCCUAUGGCUUCGGUUUCCCCACACGGCUCACCUAACCAGGAUGAGAUCAACCAAGAGUCUUUAAGAGGGCACGCUUGUCAUCUGAUAGGCUGUCUCCACCUUCUCAUGCUAUUGUCUCCUCUGCUCCUGCUGUUUUGGAUAUAACAACCCCAAAAAAAUGGGACUAGUGUGAAUAGAUAUAAACUUUGUGUAUUUUUUCUUCCACCAGUCAUAGACAUUCCACUCUUCUUUUCCUCUGCUCUGCCAGGGGCUGAAUAUUUCUAAACUGCAUGUUCAGAGGCCUGACAGUCUUUUUGAUAAUGUAUCUUUAAACUGCCUGUGCCAUUUCAUGCAUAUUCUCUGCCUUUUAAUUAGUCUCUCUGUUGGAAACAAACACAAAAUUCAUACAGAGAUAUACAACCAUGGUACAAACAGGCCUGCAAACAUGUAGUUAAGCAGAUGCAAACAGCAACCUUGUGUCAUAUGACCUUAUCCCCGAUCAUCCUACAUUUAGUUAGUAUGAGCUCAUAUAUGACGGUUCAGAAUCAGAAUCAGAAUUAAAUAGGAAAAUUGGUUCCACAGGGGGUCUGUCCUGCCGAGUUUAAUAAUAGAGAAACAAUAACGUCAUACCUGAUAAACUAAGAUAUGAAAAGAUGUAGAGGCCAGAUGCUGGGGAAUGUUGGGUUCUCUGUAUUCCAAAAUUUAAUUAGAGUAUUGUCUAGACCUGCUCUAAUUAGAAAGUGUCAUGAGAUAACUUUUGUUGUGAAUUGGCGCUAUAUAAAUAAACUGAAUUGAAUUGAACUGAAUAGAUGCCACACCUAGCUAUAACCACAUUCAUUUAUCAGCUUUACACUGUGAAGCCUUUGAUAAUUAUGGAAAUCUGACAUACCUGGCUUGCUACCUCCCAAGUAACAUGUUACCUCCCAACCUCAUCGUCUGGUUUCUGUAAUCUUUCAGUGGAUGUGAAGUGCUUUUAAGUUUUCUUUGCUCUCUGGUUCUGAAUGCUGCCUCUGUCGAAUCCCAGCAACAAUGAAAAGCUAAAAACAUGUUUGAUAAUAAGGGGAAACCUGAACAAAAAUUUGUGUUGUAUGGAAAGAAAAGGCAUCUGGAUUCAUUUUUUGGAUUGCUUUAAAAACUUUUGAGAAUUUGAUACUAAACGCAAAACAUCUGUGUACAGCACACAGUUAAAGACCCAGUGAAAUUAAAAUACAUUUUCGAAGUA